UGCACAUAUAUACAUGGGCCAUCUUCAUCCUACACACUCACCACACAGAACUCGAUCACCACCGAUUCAGCGCAACAGCAUAUAUGGUACAAGAAGGCUACCAGGCCGACUCUGCCGCCGCUAUCAUGGACUCGUCGUCGGCCUGGGCGGUCGCGCCGGCGGUCUCCACGCCCUCCGCGCCGACCAUGGCGCUCGGCGCUAUACUCACCAUGUCGGCCAUCUUCCUGCUGUUCAUAAUCGUCGCCCUCGUGCUCAUCUUCCUCCAGUACUACUUCAACGCCGGUGUACGCAUCGCGCCGAGAGGCGGCGUGGUGGCAGCCGCGGGCCAAAGGGACAAGGGCGUCGACCCUGAGCUUCUACGGUCGCUGCCUGUCACGGUGUACAGAGCGGGGUCGCCGAAGGGCGCCGCCACGGAUGACGUCGGGGUGGAGUGCGCGGUAUGCCUGUCCGAGCUUGAGGACGGGGACGAGGCCAGGUUCUUGCCCCGGUGCGGCCACGGGUUCCACGCCCAGUGCGUCGACAUGUGGCUGGCUUCCCACUCCACCUGCCCGCUCUGCCGGGUCACCGUCGCCAAGCCUGACGCGUCGCUACAGGCGCUUACAUCGACGGGCCUUCUGCCCGUGCCGUCGGAGCCGGCGAGCUACGCCGCGAACCUGCCGGCGAGUGUGCUGCUCGGGGUUUCAGACCAGGCCACGCUCACCGCGGUGACCGUGACUACUGACGGAGGCCGCCCUAGACCCUCCGCCCUGGCAUCGGCGGCAGUGCUGGUGAUCGACAUUCCGGAGUCGAUGACGGUGGCGACACCGCACGAUGCGGUCAAGACGCCGGGCUCGGCUAGGAUGAGGUCGCUCAAGAAGCUGUGGAGCUUAGGGAGGCAAGGGCCGUCGGGGUCGACUCCGUCCUGUUCGUGGGGCAGCGGCAGCGGAUCAGCAGGCGCUGAGCAGGUUAUUAACAUCGCAUCCGUAACCCCGAGAGCUCAGCUGUAGUGUAGACUGUAGAGCUGGAAUUACCAGCUCUGUGUACAUAUACACAUGUUGGUACGAGACAUAAUCACAUUUAGACAUUCUUUUGUAGAGAUUGGCAAUAGAGGUGUGAUGUUCUUUGAUAGCUGAUCAGUAUAGCAACAAUGAGGAGUAAAGGCUAUUUUUGCCCCA